AUGGACAGAAAACCAAUUUUUACUCAUACUGGGUACCAAUGCAGUAUAUCAGCUAAUGCGCAAACACAGGCAGCAUGGUGGGUGAAUCUCACUGAAAUACGAAGCAUACGUAACGUUAUAAUAUACUAUAGGACGGAUGACAUUAUUUGGGAUGAAAAUAAUGGUUACACAGCCCGAUUUAUGGGUUUUUAUCUCUACGUAUCAAACACAACAAAUAUAGAAAACGGUUACUUAUGUUUUCACGACACAAACUAUACAAGAGCCACGAUACCAGCUGUCGCUAACAUAAGCUGUCCAGUACAUGGACAAUACGUCAUUUACUAUAAUGAGAGGCCAAUAAAGAACGAUAACAGAACCGAACCUUCUGUAAAUGCACAUUCUGAACUUUGUGAAGUGGAAGUUUACGGUUGCUCUUCACCAAGACACUAUGGCCGGGACUGUUCAAAGCCAUGUCCAAAUAAUUGCAUUGAUUUCUGUCACAUAAAUUCAGGAAGUUGUAACCUUUGUACGCCGGGUUUCAAAGGUUCCCAAUGUGAACAAGGCAAGUGUUAG